CACACCUCUCCGUAAAAAUAUAGUAUUAAUAGGUAUACACUGCACAAUGGAGUGCGUGCAGUUCUUUGGCAUGACGUUGUGUUGUAGGUAGUAUAGCAGAAUGUAAAUUUUGCGAAGCUGCCGCGCGCUCUCUCUGUGCUCUCAGUCGCCGUCCGGGUGAAGUUAAAAGCAGAAGUGCAGCGAUCGGAGCCAGUAUCGAGUUGACAGACGCAGAGAUUAGCACUGCCUAACACAAUUGUUUUCUUCUCUCUGUACGUGUGUAUUGCGAAGAAAAACUUUAGAAAAAAUGUCAGACGACAAUAAGAAGGAAACGGAUCCGAAAUUGGACGACGAAUUGAGCGAACUGCUGGACAGUGCGCUGAAAGAUUUCGACAAGCCAGUCGUGCCGGCGGCGGCAGCUACGAACAAAGAUGAAAAUCCAUCGGCGGACGCUGCUGAUGGAGAGAUUGAAGUCAUUCAGGCGUCCGGGGAAAUGGACGAGCUCUGGACGCAAGAUUUCAUGAAACAGGCGGCCGAGCAGUUUCAAAAAAAUUUGGAGGAACUCAUGAAAAAUGAGGCAGGAACAGAAUUAGGAGAGUCGUUUAAAAAAAUGGCAGAAACAGUUGCCGGAGCUAUAUCAACAGACACUUCGGAAGCUGAAAAUAUCACAGCAGAUUUCCAAUCGGCCAUAGCUCAGGCGAUGAAAGAUUUAUCAGCACAGUCUGAGACGCUAUCAGCGGGAGUGCCAAAUAUAACUGAUGCAGAUUUGGCAGCGAUGUUUGGACAGGCAUCUUUUGAGAAUGCAGGAGAAGAUAUGCUUCCUUUCAUGCAAGGAAUGAUGCAAUCUUUGUUAUCCAAAGAUGUUCUUUAUCCUUCAAUGAAAGACCUCAUUGACAAAUACCCAGCGUGGCUUGACGAAAACAGAGAAAAGUUAUCACCAGAAGAAUUAGCUAGAUAUGAAAAACAGUUGAUGCUCAUGCAAAAAGUUUGUCAAGAAUUGGAAACAGAAAAAGAGGAUGAUUCUGAAGAAAUUAAGAAAAAGAGGUUCGAAACGACAUUAUCGCUGAUGCAAGAAAUGCAAACUUGCGGUCAGCCUCCUCAAGACUUAAUUAACGAGCAGCCAGCGAUUUUCCCGCUUGACGUCGAUCCAAGUGCCGCCACACCUGAAAACAUGGCCGGACUGACGGAAGGGCAAAAUUGCUCUGUAAUGUGAAAAAAACAGAGCGAACUUGUGUAAAAUACGUAAAUUUUCGUAAAUCGUGUAAAUCAAUGUGCAAAAUCAUGGACGCACUAGUAUUAAAAAAAUCAGACGAUCAAGUUUACAACAUUUUUUACAAUGCUGACUUUGCACAAGAAAAUGAAAGCGUGUUUUGCAGUUAUAGGUACACAUCAAGAAAUCUAUCAAAGUAGUUGAAUUUAUUACUUGUGCAAUUGGUGCAAGUAUGUAUGCAAAUAACUAAUCUAAUUGAAAAAAAA